UGUUUCUUCUAGAUUAUCGUCGUUCGCUUUAUCCAGUUUAUGGUCGUUUGUUUCUUCCUUUCCCCGAAGAGAACAGCAUCCUGAAAUCAAUAGGAAGGAGAAGAAGAGAAAUCAAAGCAACCAUGGCUGUAGAUUCACCCGUGGUUCUUACCUUUCUCUUUCUCACUGCCGUCGUUUUGUUCUCUGCGCCUUCCCUUCACGCCCUUGGCACAAACGAUGAAAUUGGAGGAAUUGGGCGUAGAGUUCUGCUGAGUUUCAAAGAAACCCCUCGGGGAAGUAACGCCACCUUCGAUUGCUCUCCUUCUGGUCCCUGCGUUCCUUGCCUCUAUUCCGAAAAGAACGAUGAGAAAUAUCGCUGCAGUGAGACUGGUUACCGUAUCCCUUUGAAAUGUGUGGAAAUAAAAGAUGGAUCAAAAGAUGCUAAUGGGAAAAAUUCUGGAAAGAGAUCUGCUUUGGAGAUUUUCCCUAAUAAUGUAAAACUACAUACAGUGUUUCAUAGUUUGGAAGAAAUAGCUAGCUCUUUGAAACAUAGAAGGUUGCUUUCGGUUUCAUCCACGCAAGGGAGCGGAGAACAAGCUUACAUCACUUACAGAAGCUGUAUACCGGCAGUUAAUGAAGACAAGUUAUCAGUGCUUGGGUUUGAGAUGUCUUCUGCUAGGAUCUUGUUGAAAAGAUAGUGCAGCAAGGCUGGUGCUAUCUUGUCUAUGUAGCUCAUUCCAUGAUUAUCAACUGACAGCUAAUUUCAUUAGCAGCGGCAGAAAUGACAUGUAUUGCUAACUAACUAACUAACUAACUAAGUGCAUAUCUUCCCGUGAUUGUAUAAUGUAUAUUGAACCCAGAGGAUUAUUUAACUGGUUUGCUAAUUGCUAGGAUAGUGCCUACUCUCUAGUGUCUAUUCGUCAUCUACGUAUUGAACCAAAAGAAAACAUCUCUCUCUCCGGGAAGGCGGGGUGGGGUUUGCGGGCGUGCGCAUGUUUCAUUGGCUACGACAUGAAAACAAAAUCACAUUUUUGUGUGGGUGGAAAUGGUAACUCAUCUAUGUUAAAUAUUAUACGUGUUGACAAAAUUCUUUGGAACGA